GCUAUAGCUAGCUGGCUGUUUGAGAGAAGGUCUGCAUACAGGCACAAGAGACGGCAUCUGAGGAUGACUGAAUGUGAAUGUGUUCAAGUGUGAGUGACGUCGAACCGCCACGCCAUGACAAGCGCAUCAGCGCAGUUGUCACCAAAAAAUUAUCUACUGCGUGUCUUCGUAUCGCGUCUUACAAUGCCCCCUGCUCCCGUGCCACCACGGCACGUCGCACACGCAGUACACCAUCCAUUAAAACACAGACGUCACACCAUGACAACACAGAUGUCCAACAUGCAUCCGCCCUCAAAAAAUCAUGACUCAAAACGAGAGUACAGGCCAUCAUCAUAGCGCCCCACUCCAGCCCAGACAGAACAUCAACCAAGCACCACCGAAGGCACGCUGCCUACCACUCAGCAGCUGGGUUGAACACUGCACGACCACUACGACUACGACUACACACAAGCGCACCAAUCAUCUCAAUGAGCAAUACGGCCAGUGAGAAAGGCAGGCAGGCAGGCAGGCAGGCAGACAGAGGGGGAGAUAUACACUCACUCAAGCCUGUCUGCGCGUGCAGCGCAGGCAUCAAACAACAAAAGAAACAUCAAACAACAAAAGAAACGUCUCCCCCGGUAUCGGGAGAGAGGAGAGGGAGGCCAAGCCAAUCGAGACAGCCAUCAGAACGCCACAGAGAGAGGCGAUAGAACAACAGCACGCAGGGGCUGAGACGGCACACACAUCGACGUGCGCACAAGCGGCGCACCGCACCGCACACACGUGGAGGAGAGGAACGUACCAGAAGACACACAGACAGACAGACAGACCUUGACAAAAGCCGGACAGAGCACCCCACCCACAGAGACGCACAAGAAGGCGGACGAAAUGCGACAGAAGUAGAUCCCCCACAGACAGACAGAGAGACCGAAAGACAGAGAGAGAGAGAGAGACCCAAACUCACACACAUUUGUAAACCACACACUUACUCUCGCGAGUACGAGAGAGGUGAACCACGCAUAUAAGUAAGUAUAAAACCCAUGCAUUGCAUUGCGUUGCAUUGGUGUCCGUCCGCCCACAGACUGUCUAUCUAUCUACAGGCCUUUUCUUCGAUGCAGACGGCGCCACUGGUUGACAAAAAGGAAAAGAAUAUUGGCCGCCGAGAGCACGAUCGCCGCCAGACUGAUCUCAGGCACGUGAUGCGCCCAGAUACCCUCACCGCUGUCAGCGAGAAACACCGUCAGAAGCUGAUUGACCCACACAACCAUCCCAGGGCACACUGAGGUGGAUUCAAUAGGUACGCGCUAUGCCACCAUCUGACCUGAAUGGCGAGCAUCGGGCCUGUGCCGACAAGGGAGAAAGGCUCCGCCCUCUGAAGGCGUCACAUGAGACAACGUGGUGUCCAUGACAUGUUGCAGUGUGGUCGAUGUCAGUGUGCUUCUUGUGUUGGUGGUGUCGCUGGGUACCUCAAAGUCAUCACUUGGCAGUGGGAUGGCGAAGAAGGGCAGGCUCCACAGGUGAGACCAGCAAAGAUUCAGGACACUAAUGAUCACACCCACAGUCAGCACACGCAUACACACAGUGGUAUCUCUCUUCCUUGGUGCUCGGCACACCUGAUGCUGAAGAAUGAACCUGCAAUGACAGACAAGGAGGCACAUACCAUCAGCGUGAAACUCGCCAACGAAUCCCCCCCGCCCCGUCCUGCCCUGCCUCGACUUCCGUCCUUGUCUCCUUUUUUCUCUCUGAGUGGCUGGCUCACCGAAGAGCACGAAGACCAGACCAUAUCCCUGACCGCCGUAGGGGCCCAUCCCCUCCACCGACAAACUCUGCAGGUGGUGCUCGAAGUGGGUCUCUGGCACGCUGGACUUGCCGAGGCUCCCCGCCGCGCUCAUGCUGGUGGUCGGGACGUUGGUGGUUGGCGUGGAAGGCGGGAUGUUGUCGUUGCUUGACAGCUUGAAUGAAUCAGCGUUGCUGGGCAGCGACGACAACAUCCUGCCGGCCUUGUCGGUCUUGCUCGGGGUGUCGGGGACGGAGAGCAUGACGGGGGCUGUCGUCAUCUGCUUCGGGGGCUGAGGAAGGACGGCCAUCCUGUCCCCUUGCUGCUCAGCUCGGGAAAAGUCGCCGUCCUCUGCUAUCGGUGCUGGUCUGCCCUCCUGCUGAUCCUGCGCGGGGGUGACGCCAGAGGGCCAGACGGUGUCAUCCGACAGCAUGCUCAUGGCGAAAGAUGGACAGUAUGACAGGUAGCUGGCGUUGCUCCGGCCGCUCUCAGUGGCCACUGGGAUUGCAGAGUGCUCCGGGCCGUGGGCAACCAUAUAUUCCGCGUCACGAGAUGGGAAUUCGAGCAGCUCCUCCACUGGGAUGGUAGUCACGGACCCACUGCUAUUGCAGGGAUCAUCAGGCCCCAGGGGAAAAGCAGUGCCGUGGAACGUCACCGAGCGACGGGGCUUGUUGUCCACGAUUGCCGUGUCAAAACUCGACAUCUCUUUCAGGGCCGAUCGACGCGAGGGGGCUGGGCGUUGAAGAAAGAAACUGCGGUAGAAGGGGUCAGCUUUCACCUGAAGGUGUGGGGAGCACGCCAGUGAGAGGGCAAAGUGAUCGGUAUGCCUGACUCGUAACCUCACCCAUUGAAUGUUCCUCCACACCAUAAAGCACUGGACACAGCAAGAAAUCAACACAGGACGUCACAAAACACGGACACAAUCGUUGCAGAGGAUAGAUACCUCAUUGAACACAAUCAUGAGAAGCAGGUGUGCAACUCCACACCAAAAAAGAAGGCCGGUGUCGCUGCCAGCGAAGAGAAAGCCGACAAACACCACGUGCACCAAGGCACCCAGUGCGGCCAACACGGCCGCCAUCACGCGCCUGGUACAAAGGAUGACACACACAUACAAAAGAUGACAGCUCGGAUCGGCCCCUUCGGCUUCGUCUUUUUGUACCAUAUAACUGUCGUCCCGUUUCGCUUGCGGCUUUGGUACGCGGCCGCGGCGGUGAAUAAAACGGCCAGCACCACGAUGAACAGCGCAAUGAAGGGCGAGGCCGAGAUGUCAAAGGGGCACGGCUUGCCGUAUGCCUGCGCUGUGUUUGGGACGCUCAAGACCAGGAGCGACAGAGACGUGAACCUACAGCAUGACAAGAAAUCAGACACAUGCAACCGAACAUGCAGGGGUGUCGUCUCACCGAGAGCGGUAGUGGUCGAGGUCGCAGCGAAAGCCCUGGGGUCAUUCAUGUACACAUGUUGGGUGGAAAUCCGAUCGUGAGGGUACCUGCUCGAUCAGAUCCUCAGGGCAGUAGCGGGGACCAGAUAUAGCAAUGGGCUGCACAUUGCAUGAUGUCAGACUUGAAAAUAAAUGGAUUGGCGGCAUCCUGUGGGUGCGUGCACGCGGCUUACCUCGACCUGGUCCAAUACCCACUUGGUCACGUUGGCAUGCAGAACACAUCUUCGGGGUAAAGCGACAAAUGCCUCACAGUCUGGAUUUCUCAAGCACUGGCAGGAGAGAGGGAGAGAGAAGUGAAAGGAAAAGGCGUCGGGAAUCGAUGGACAUGUAGACAUGGCUUACGUGUCUGCAGGAAGGAACAGAAGCGAGAAGCAAGAAGAGUUCAAACUUAGUGCGAAAGCGUUGCGCGCCUACCCAUGGCACUCCUCGACAGAUGAAGCGCUGCAUCAUCGAUGGACACGGACAGAAGACGCAUCCUAAGCCAUUACGCGCUCAUGAAUAUCUCUGCCGUUCGCCACUUACAAGGGCAAGUCGCGCACAAUUGCCGAAGCAUUCGGAGAUGGCUCAACGCCAAUCGUGUAACUGUUACAAACCCAGGCAAAAAGAGUUGAAUGCUUCUCCACAAGACGAUAAUGCACUCACCACCCGCAAUGCGCUGGGGGAUCUCGAAGCUCGCUCGACCUUAUUGCGUAGGGUUUUGUCACUUGCAGCGAUGGCGGCAGCCCUGUGCCACACAGAACUCAGAGCGUCAUUGACAGUUUCGGUCAAAUAUUCGAUUCCCCACUUGCCUAGGUCGCCUCUGUGAAAGUUCCUCUCCUCUUUACUUCCUCUCCUCCCAAACGCUGUCAACGAGACGCCAAGAGUAAUACAAUGCGGGAGCGCACGACUCUUGUUGGUGCGGUGCCGAAUCUGUGUGUGGAACUUACCACGCGCCUCUGGGUCAGUCGGGAGACCUGAGAUUAAGCCAGCCAUGACGGAUGGACGGAUGGAUCACAGUCAUGCUCGAGUGCUCUGACCAUAAUAUAGACGGGGAUCAGCGGGCUCCAUGUUGUGGCCGUCCUCGUGAAAAGGCGGCAAGUAAGGCUGCGGGACAGUAGCGUUGCCAGCCCCACAAUCUCUGUCCUCUAUGUUGCCCGCUAUUGCUCCAGGAAAGCACACUCGGGCUCUGUCAGUGUUGCGAAGGAAACACGCUGACAAACAUGACAGCAGAGAAAAUCGGCGAGCGGGAUUUUCCCUUUUCUCUCGUGUCCUCUCGAUUACCGCCUUCGACGAUUUUCCCGUCGCGCGGCCAUCUCUCGUACCAACUGAACUGAGUGCAUAUGGGCUGACCAAACGUACGCAGAAUGCCCAUGCAAAUGUCAUCUUUUGGCAUCUUUCCCGUUUCCCUCGUACUGCUUGAUGACAUCGUUCGUGACAUUCUGCGACAACGACCAUCCACAGACAGAGCCGAAGGACAUCGGUGGCUCUAGUGUUCAUCUUGUGCGUGGCCUUACCUUCGUAGGAGAGGACACUGCCCUGCUCGAAUCCUGACCUGUGUGAGUGAGUCAGUGAGCGAGUGAGUGAGUGAGAGAGAGCACACCAGCAGUGAGGCCAGUGGGUCUCUCAUGCGCCAUACCGGUCUCCUUGGUACCAAAGAGUUGCCACAUUCCUCUCGAAACAACCAGAGGGAACGCCACCUCCAGGACAACAAUAUACAAAGACAGAAAACAUAGUCGAUACGCAAGAACGAUCAAUACGUCAAUUCUGCUUGCGUGCCCGCCUCACCCACCUCUGUCGCAAUCCAGAGACUGCUUUGCUCCACUGAUGACGACAAACACACACAUACAACUCUCUUUACUGGCGUCCAUUGAUCAGCCGAUGCACGCCUCUUCCACCUGACGAUUAUCUUGCCCGCGGUGUCGACGCCCGACUCAACUUCUCGCUUGGGCCGCCUCCCCUCGUCGCUGCUCUUCAUGAGGCAGCCUCGUGGCGACCCCUCUUGGAUCCACGUCCAAGCGUUGCAACGAGUAUCAUGGAUACACGCGCGCGCACAGUCAUAGGGUCUUGAUACCAUAUGGGGCUGGCGGUAUCAACAAGACAAGCUAUGAAGCAAGCUAUUCGUCGAACAGCCUCUUGUUGAGUGUGUGCUCUCUCACCUGUCCCAUGAGCAUCUCAAUGUCGUGACCUUCGUACCUGCGAGCAACACAGAUGUAGGGUCAUACUGUCGGCCCUUCAUUUGUCAGUCGCCUGUGAACAGGACUUACACAACGUCCCACUGCAACACACACAGACCCACAGCAAUCAGAUGUCUGGGAGCCACUUCUCACUCUCACCUCGUAGCAGGAGAAACCUCCAGGCAAAGCAUCCCUGACCCAACAAAAGCAAAAUUCCACACACAUCAAGGUGCAUGUGUGUUUCAAUUCCCACCUGUCGGCUUCAUGUGGAAGCAGCGCACGAAUUUCUUUCGGAACGCUGACGGUAUCUGCAUGAACGGCCGUGAUGCAAGCGGCGAGGGCCACAGCAAGGAACUGCAUCACUCUCCCCCUCUCCAAGAAGUCGCCGAAACCCCACACAGCUGUGACGCCUCUGGUCAUCAGAUGUUCAGAGGCGUGCUGAUCUUCAGAUCUGCACACACAGGUGUUCAGAUCAGAACACACAAGAGCACAGCAGUGCAUCCUCUCGAAUCUCUCUUACCCCCAUCUCAUCCGUGCCUCAGACGGUUGAAAACGUUCUACGCUC